GAAUUUUCCAAGUUAAAUCCUCGUAAUGGACCAAGCUUAAAGCUUCAAAACUUGAGCCCAUAAGUUGCUUUCCUCUCCUCCACGUCCUCCUCCAUCUUCCACCAAAAACAAAAAAUCAUCACCUCUCUGCAGCUACCUCUUAUGGUUCUUCUUCUAGCUUCCAACUUCUACAACCCAACAACAUCUCACCAUGAAGCUCUCCCUCAAAUUCCACAACACCAACGAAAAUCAACAAACCCAAAUAAUGACAGCAAAACUACCCAUCACCAUUUUCAAUCAUCCCUUACUUUCAACCAUCACCGCCACAGGUAACUCCACUUCCGAUUUCUCAUUCUCACUCUCAACUAACUUCCCAACAGGUCCAACUCUCAAACUCUCUUACACUCCCACCGCCACAAAUGCCUCAUCUCUCCCCUUUUCUCUCUCCCUCAAAUCCGGUUUAGGCCUUUCCGGUUCACCUCGUCAUUCUCCUCUCGUCUUCUCAGCUAAUCUCUCUCUCUCUACUCCUUCCUCUACUAUUCCUCUUCUUCUCCCUUCUUUCUCUCUUCACUUUAAACCCCAAUUCGGUCAUUUCUCUCUCCAUAAAACUGUUUUCUCUGAUUCUAACCCUAACCCUAACCCUAAUACUAACAACAUCACCAAAACUAUUUCUGAUUCUAACCCUCUUUCUGUUUCGCCUCAAUUCGAAAAGGGUUUUCUUCCUGUUCAAGAUGGAUGUUCCUCCGGUUGGCAAAAUUUGAACUUGGAACCAUUUGGCCAUAGAGACGACAAUAACAAUAACAACAACGUUGUUGUUGGUGUUGGUGUUGUUCCAGAUGGUAAGAACAGUGAAAAACAUGGUCUUUCACCUUCUGUUGCUGUUAUGGCUAGAACUAUUCUACCUGUGACACAAGGGUUAUUGUUGAAAUUUCGUUGGGGUGUCAAUUUUCCGGGGAAUAAGUCUGGUUUGAAAAUACCAUAUUUGACAGUGAAUAAAAUUGGAUUGGAGCGGGUUGAGGAAGUGAAGCUAAAUGAGUUGAACCGCGCUCAGGAAGGCGAUUUGCAGAUGGUGAAGGAUGUGUGUUUAAUGGCAAAAGGUGAUUUGGAGAAUGUUGAGAAGGAAAAUAAGGAGAUGAAGAAAGUGUUGGAUGAAAUGAAAAUGAGAGUUUCUAGGGGUGAAGCGAAGCUUGUGAAUCCGAAGAAACAUCUUUCAGGCGAGAGCUUUCAAACUCGGGCAAGCUAUAACAAUAACAAUGACAGAAAGAAGAGUGAGAAAAAACAACCAAACAAGUCACAGAAUGUUGGAGUAGUGAGUGAUUUGGAAUCUGAAUUGGAAAAAGCUAUAAAAGCCGCCACUGCCACCGCUGCUUCUUCUUCCUAGCAACGACUCGAAGAUCAUCACUACUACCACUUUACAUUGUUAUAGAGAAUUCUAUGUAUUGUAGUUGAAGUAUAUAAUCGUUGACUAGUUAAGUGUAAAUGUGUAACAAUCAGAUUGUAUAGUGCUUUGUAUUUGGAAACACAUAUUGUUAUUAUUCAUGCAAGCAAUAAAGGGGAGAACAAGUUUGUAUUACAA